CACAACCACCUACUACCGCCCAGCGUAGUCAAACAAAAUAAAUACUAUAAUUAAACUCAUGUUCAGUAACAAUCCUGUGGCCCAGAACCAUGAAGCCAAUUUUUAAAGACUAGAACAGAUCAUGUUCAAUUAAAAACGUCAGUUGUUUCAACUCUUUCCUAAUAGCUUUUGACUUCAUUAGUCUUCUUUUUCCUUCAAUUCACUGAUACCAAUGGCGAUAGCCGCUGCCAUAAUGCUGUUAUUCACAAUCGUUUACCGACGCUGCCUUUCCUGUUCUUCUUUCAGUUCCUUCCGAUCCUCUUCUUCGCUUUUCCUUCAGUCAGACACUCACCAACCGCUUCCAAUUUUCACUGUUCAAAAACCUAAUUCUCGCAUUUUUGCUUCAAUGAGCAUCGAGGCUCCUAAUAAGUUUUCUCCCGAUUCAUUUCUAGAUUGUAGAGAAAGUGGUAUUCUUCACUUUGUCAAGUAUCAUGGACUCGGAAAUGAUUUUCAUAUUGGUAGUCAAAAAAAUCAGCACGCACAUGGAGGGUAAUGUAUGCAGAUGUGGUUGCCCAGUGCAGAUGAAGAUCUUGUGGACGAACUUAAACCCAGGAAGAAGAUUUCUCACUUGUCCUCGAAGUCAAGAUGUGGGUGGAUGCACCUUCUUUAUGUGAUGUGACCCUCCGAUGUGUGAGAGAUCGAAGGAACUGAUUCCUGGUCUAUUAUGAGCUAGGAGGGAAAUGGAAGCUGAAAUCGACACCCUUCAAGCAACAAGACCAAAUGUGUGGAAGAUCUGGCUCUUCGGCUUUGUGUGUGGAGUGUUUGCAAAAAUGGGCUUGUUCCUAGGUAUGUAGGGUCAGAUUGUAGGAUUUUAGUUUUUUGUUCCAGAAAUUUGAGUUUAGGGUUUCGAAAUGAAGCCAUGUGCUAGAUGUUGUGAAAUGCAUAUGUAAAAAGGAAAAAUUGUAUUGUACCUUUUGACUUGAAAUUUAA